GGCGGGCAGCUGGUCUCCUUCUGCUGCGCCGCGCCCGCCGCCCGGAGCCGUCGCCGCUGCUGCCUCGCUCCCGCCCCGCCAUGGCCAACCCCGUCGUCUUCUUCGACAUCGCCGCCAACGGCGAACCCCUGGGCCGCGUCACCUUCGAGCUGUUUGCAGACAAGGUCCCCAAGACAGCAGAAAAUUUCCGUGCCCUGAGCACUGGUGAGAAGGGAUUUGGCUACAAGGGAUCCUGCUUCCACAGAAUCAUUCCUGGGUUCAUGUGCCAGGGUGGUGACUUCACACGCCACAACGGCACCGGCGGCAAAUCCAUCUAUGGGGAGAAGUUUCCUGAUGAGAACUUCAUCCUGAAGCACACGGGCCCUGGCAUCCUGUCUAUGGCCAACGCUGGCCCCAACACAAAUGGUUCCCAGUUCUUCAUCUGCACUGCCAAGACUGAGUGGUUGGAUGGCAAGCAUGUUGUCUUUGGCCGCGUCAAGGAGGGGAUGAACGUGGUGGAGGCCAUGGAACGCUGUGGCUCCAAAGAUGGCAAAACGAGCAAGAAGAUCACCAUUACCGACUGCGGGCAGCUCUCAUAAACCCUCCUCGUAACUGACCAUUCCUUGGUAGCCCGGGCACUGUGCCUCGCUGCAGCUCACCCCCAUCCCACCCCGCUCCUGACUUACUGCUGCGUUUCUACUGGGUCUCAGCCCCAUGUGCAUGGUCCAGCUGGGCCGCAGUUACCUUUACGAGUCUAAAUAAAAUGAAUUAAACCAC